AUGCCCCCCAAAUGUCGAAUACCUCCAAGGAGGCCAUCGGGUUAUGAUCCCGCCUCCUCACUGAUCAAACAUCACAACGAGGUCAGCGACUCUAUCCGAGAAGGUUAUGCAAAGGGUAAACGACGCGCUUCCGAAGAGCCUGCCAUCGACGAGCUCGCUGACCGAGCGACCCCAGAACUUGGCGAGCUAGAAUCGAAUGAGAAUCUCAACAUCGUUAAGAUUGAGGUGGAAGAGGACAGUUCGAGUAUCGCGCCUACUUCUGGUACUUUGGAAUAUAUUUUCCCAGUCCAAGUUAGUCCGCAUAACAUCGAUUACUGGACUUUGCAAAACCUCAUUCGCAGGGCCUCCAUGUACAACUAUCUGGAGUUUGCGGGUUUGGAUGAGGAUCAGAUCCAGUUGGUCAUACCCAUUUUGCGAGAAAAGCAAGUCACCAAUUGGGAUUUGUUCUUGUUUCGAGAUUAUAUCAAUGGAGCUCGUUUGGAGGGUUGGGGGAUACCGUAUGGAAUUUGUGUCCGCAUAGUGGUCCAUGCCAAUUUGUUCUAUCGUCAUCUGCUUAUUAGACACCCAUGA